AGAAGCCAGUGCGCCUCAGCCCUCAGAAAACUCCACUUCCCACAGUGCUCUGCUCCAUUCUCAAGCUCUCGCAUAGGAUCACAGACGUCUUUCAGGAGGAAAUAACGGGUGCUCGUCUCUCUGUUUCUCAGGCCUGCUGUGGAAAUCUGAGCUUCAAAAUGGGAAACAUGGAAUAAGAUCUCCAAACCAACUCCAGUCAUUAGUUUUCUAAAACUAGGUUUACUAUCUUCCGUCAAGAGCUGUUCCAAUUUGUAGCCUCCUCAGUUUUAUGUAGCCGUUCCUGGAAGCUCUUCAUUUUGGACGUGGGAACGGUUGAGCUGUUUACCAGCGCUGGAGGAAAGGCCUAAUCCCAAAUCCUUCUGGAGAGCGCCAAGACACUGGCUGACUCGAAACUGACGGGAUUAACUUCAUAUUAGAUCUGGGAGACAAGGGAAAGAGAACACCUGCUUGUUUUUACAGGCACAUCCAGGCCACGCUGCUCUGGAUCUUGUAUGCGAAACGCCACCUUCCAUUGUCAAGAUUGGCACAAUUUGUGCACUUCCCAGAAUUGCCUCCUGCUGUAGGACGUGAUAAUCCAGAAUCAUUCAGAAUCAAGGUCAGACAUCCUUGACUGCAGGGAAGGGACGGUGCUCGCCUUCAGCCCCAAAAUAUUAAGACUUGAGACUUUGUUGGUUACAUUAUGACAUUAAAAGCGUAAAGCACAAGCAGAUCUGCAUCGUCUGUGUCCGAGAAGACCCAUCAGCCAAGCUGGAAAGAAAAACACGGCUUCAGAAAGAGGGGGCGUACUGAACCAGGUUGUUGUUAUUGUGCUCCAGUCAUUUCUCUGCUCUUCGUUGUGAUGGAGUGACCACUGCCCUGUGAAGGACUACACCCAACCCAAAAUGCUAGAUUGGAGCGUGCGUCUGAGCUGAGCAGGAGAACAUUAACUAGUAACAAAGUGAGAACUCUAGCUCAAGAACUGGAGAUGCUGUAUUAGGUCCAUCCCUGUCGGAAGCUGUUUGAGAAAGUGCUGGGGACAUGUCCUCAACGUAAUGACAUAUAUAUGCGCACGCACACACACACACACACACACACACACACACACACACACACAUAGAGCAGCUUUGCCGGAGGGACAUUAGAUUCCCUGUCUGGGCUCCCGCUGUUCAGAACCUGUGUUGCUCUUUCUUCCCCUUCUCUUCUUCGGUUUGAAUGGCUGAGGACAAGAGGCGCUUUGAAGGAGGCUGGAAUUGGCCGUGGUUCGGUCACAGUUGACAGACUGCUGCUCGGUUCCCGCUGAUCGUCGUCCCCCGUGUAUAUUUAACCACUUCUCCCCUGUCCCACAAGCCCCUGCUUUAGAAUUUGGAGCUCUGUGGGAGAGCAGAGGUGGGCAAAUCCUUUCCCAGCACUGUUUUGACACAGCUUCAUCAGAACUCCCUCUCUCUUCUUUUGUCUCCGCUCCUCUUGACCUGGACAUUAGCAUCCGUCAGAUAAGCCGAGGAGGAUGAAACUGAAGAAGCAGGUGACCGUUUGCGGCGGGGCCAUCUUCUGCGUGGCCGUCUUCUCUCUCUACCUGAUGUUGGACCGCGUCCAGCACGAUCCCGCCAGGAGACACAGCGCCGGGAACUUUCCUAGGAGCCAGAUUUCGGUGUUGCAGAACCGCAUUGAGCAGCUGGAGCAGCUCCUGGAGGAGAACCAUCAGAUCAUCAGCCACAUCAAAGACUCUGUGCUGGAGCUCACCGACACGGGGGCCAUCUCUCCCAGCGGUCACCUCCCUUUCCGUAGCGCCAAUGGCUCCUGGGUGCUGCCCUUUGAUGGCAGGCCCACCUUCCUCUCCGUCAAGCCACUGGAUUGCCAGUUCGCACUGGGCCACAGGAGCCAAACAGACCUGCAGAUGCUGGAUGUAUACUCCUUGCUGAGCUUCGAUAAUGUGGAUGGAGGUGUUUGGAAGCAAGGCUUUGAGAUCACCUAUGAGCCCAACGAGUGGGACGACGAGCCCCUGCAAGUGUUUGUGGUCCCUCAUUCGCACAACGAUCCAGGAUGGAUCAAAACAUUUGACAAGUACUACAAUGACCAAACCCAGCAUAUCUUCAACAACAUGGUGGUGAAACUGGCCGAAGAUCCUCGCAGGAAAUUCAUUUGGUCGGAAAUCUCGUUCUUCGCCAAGUGGUGGGAAACCACAGAUGUCCAUAAACAAGAGGCAAUGCGCAAGCUGAUCCUUAGCGGACAGCUUGAGAUGGUGACGGGAGGCUGGGUCAUGACGGAUGAGGCCAACGCUCACUAUUUCGCCAUGAUCGAUCAGCUGAUUGAAGGCCAUCAGUGGCUAGAGAAAAAUCUGGGUGUGAUUCCUCGCUCAGGCUGGGCCGUUGAUCCGUUCGGGCACAGUGCCACGAUGCCUUACCUACUGAAACAGGCGAACAUAAGCAGCAUGCUGAUCCAGAGGGUCCAUUACUCCAUCAAGAAGCACUUUGCUGCCACACGGAGCCUUGAGUUCAUGUGGAGGCAGGCCUGGGAUAUUGAAUCGGGCACAGACAUGUUCUGUCACAUGAUGCCAUUUUACAGCUACGACGUGCCUCAUACAUGCGGCCCAGACCCCAAGAUCUGCUGCCAGUUUGAUUUCAAGAGACUGCCGGGCAGUCGAGUCAACUGCCCGUGGAAGGUGCCGCCCCGAGCCAUCACAGAUGCCAACAUAGCUGAGAGGGCUGGCGUUCUGCUUGAUCAGUACCGUAAAAAAUCCAAGCUGUUUCGUAGCAAAGUGUUGCUGGUUCCUCUUGGGGAUGACUUCCGCUACGACAAAGCUUUAGAGUGGGACCAGCAGUACUUCAACUACCAGAAACUGUUCGACUACAUGAACUCUCACCCAGAAAUGCAUGUAAAGGCCCAGUUUGCGACGCUGACAGAUUACUUUAAUGCAGUGUACAAGGCUAAAGGGGUCCCUCCGGGGACGAGACCCCCCGAUUACCCUGUGCUGAGCGGGGACUUCUUCGCUUAUGCGGAUAGAGAGGACCACUACUGGAGUGGAUACUACACCUCACGUCCCUUCUACAAAAACCUGGACCGUGUGUUAGAAUCUCACCUACGAGGGGCAGAGAUUCUCUACAGCCUGGCGGUGGCUCACGCCCGGCGUGCGGGACUGGAAGGACGUUAUCCCGUCUCGGAUUACUCCCUCCUCACCGAUGCCAGGCGCAACAUAGGGCUGUUCCAGCACCACGAUGCCAUCACGGGCACCGCCAAAGAGGCUGUGGUCAUCGACUACGGAAACAGGCUAUUACGUUCUCUGGCCGGUCUGAAACGAGUGAUCAUUAAUGCUGCACACUUCCUGGUAAUAAAGAAUAAAGACAUUUAUCGCUUCUUCCAGACGGAGCCUUUCUUAGAGACGGACGACAGACGCGCCACACAAGACUCUCUCCCGCAGCGUACUCUUAUCGAGCUGGAAUCUUCUCCCAGGUAUCUGGUGCUGUUUAACCCCGUGGAGCAGGAGCGUCUGUGUGUGGUGACCGUGCUGGUGAAUUCGGUGAGAGUUCGGGUGCUCACUGAAGACGGGCAGACUUUACCGGUUCAGCUGAGCGCGCAGUGGGUGUCUGCCGUUGAGAUGAGUGGAGAGGUCUACCAGGCCUCUUUCAUGGCACGCCUCCCCGCUCUGGGAUUGGCCGUCUUCCACCUGUAUGACUCUGCUGACUCCCCCAUGACCCUGCGCUCUGAUACGCUGCUCAGGAUCCCGGGACGGGGUCAGAGCAUACGGGGUUUGGAGCCUCUGCCCGUGCGAUCACAGACGGUGGACGCCCAGCCGUUCUACAUCCAGAGCCAGUCUCUCACUCUGGGCUUCUCUGGAACCACAGGCCUGCUGGAGAGCGUUCGACGUAAAGACGAUCCUCAGGAGGUGAGGGUACAGAUUCAGUUCCUCACAUACGGGACUCGACCCUCCAAGGACAAGAGCGGGGCCUAUCUCUUCCUGCCGGAUGGAAAUGCCAAGCCUUAUUCGCAGAGAGAAGCCCCUGUAGUGCGUGUGGUGGAAGGGCCUCUCUUCGCCGAGGUUGUGGCACAUUAUCAACACUUCCAGCAGACGGUCCGCAUUCAUAAUGUUCCAGGAGUCGAUGGUCUUUCUCUGGACAUCACCACCAUGGUGGACAUCAGAGAUCAGAAUAACAAGGAGCUGGCCAUGCGGCUGGUCACCGACAUUCAGAGCGGAGAUACUUUCUACACAGACCUCAACGGCUUCCAGAUCCAGCCUCGCCGGUACUUCCAGAAACUUCCACUGCAGGCUAAUUUCUACCCGAUGCCUGCCAUGGCAUAUAUUCAGGACAGCCAAUACAGGCUCACGCUCCACACGGCCCAGGCACUGGGAGUCAGCAGCCUGGCCAGCGGUCAGCUGGAGGUGAUCCUGGACCGCAGACUGAUGCAAGACGAUAACAGGGGUCUGGGGCAGGGUCUGAAGGACAACAAACGAACGGCCAAUCGCUUCCGUCUUCUGCUGGAGAGGAGGAGCGGCGCUGGAAAGCCGGUGGACAGCAGAACUGUCAGCUUCCCGUCGCUGCUCAGUCACAUGACCUCCACCAUCCUGAACCAUGAGGUGCUGGCACUGCCCGUGUUGUCCUGGAAACACGGCGUGCCGCCCAUUCGUACCUUCGCUCCAUUGGCUGGCACCCUGCCCUGCGACUUCCACCUGCUGAACCUCAGGAGCAUCCAAAGCCUGCAGGACGCUCACGCUCCGUCUCCUUACACGGCUCUGCUCCUCCAUCGACUGGGUCUGGAUUGUGGUCUGGAGGCCCAGAACCCUGGUUUCAACUGUACCACCACACAAGGCCAGCUCUCCAUUUCGGGGCUGUUCCGUGGGCUAGAUCUUCAUCUCCUGCAGCCCAUGUCUCUGUCUCUGAUGCACUCUCAGCCUCCGCUCUCCAACGACUCCUCCAUCAAUCUGGAGCCAAUGGAGAUCUCCGCCUACAAGCUCAAGCUGUGCUAGAACACGGUUGCACCAGAACCGGGCUCUCCGUGUGGACCCUUGGAACCUGCGCUAAAGCAGACAACCACAGCUGGAUGAGCAGAGAACUCUUUUGGAGAUUGUUUAUCCAGACUUAAUGCAUCUGAAUCAACGCAAAGGCUCUGACUAAACCCUCGCAAAAUGGAAAAUAAACACUCGAGGAUGAGAACGUUCCAGCCAAAGUCAGAUUUGGUAGCCGGCCCGGGUGCUGAGAUAAGAAUGUCCGUGUGUGUUUUUACAUCUCUUGUCUUUUCAGAAAGAUUUUAUCAGACGAGCACUAAUCGGUGAACAUCUUUUUAUUCCAGCAGUGCCGAGCGUUGUUUUUUUUUUAGCUCUGUUUUUCUUCCCUUUUUGUCUUUGGCUGGAACUGCUGACAGUUUCUCAUUUAUUGCUUCUUUCAUCGCUGGAGUUCGUACUGUAUGUAAAUAACCCAAAACUACAUACACAACUGGCUCUAUACAAAAUUGUGGGACUCGGUGCAAUAUGUGAAGCUUGGUUUCUCCAUUUAAUUUGUUUUCUAUUCCUAAGGCCUUGGCAGCUACGCUUGAAUCUGCGUCAUUGUCGUUCUUUUAUUUCUUUAUCUCUGCUGUGGACGGUUCUGCCUACGCUCGGCGGCCGCAUGUUUUUUCUUUCUAUGAAUGUCAAUCACCCAGCUUGGCCUGCGAAGGCUGUCAGUGCUGUAACAGAUGCGGCAUUUACAGAUCUUUCUUUCAGAAUGGCUCCCGACCGUUCGCUGACAGAAGAAGACGUCUGUGAUCCAACAUCGGUUGGGGUCUUCGGAUAGCGCUUUCAUUGGUUGGCCUCAAAUCGUGCGUCGUGAGCUGACGUUUACAAUCUUUAUCCACCGUAUCUUCUGUUAAUAAAUAAAGCUGCUUCUUAAUAAGCUAGCUAUGGAUUAUCCACAACACAUUUUUGUUAUUUGUACCGUUUUGAUCGCGUCUGGCAUAGUAACAAGCCGCAGAAUGUGCAUUUAUACUUUGUCAUUUUAUAUGCAGGUUUGAGCCGUAUUUAAAUGCAGUUCGGGAACAGAUAUGCAGAGAUCGUCUUAUUUCAAGACUUAGAUCAGUUUAGUCAUCGACCUGUUUGCUUUGAUAUACCUUCUCACAGUAUUUUCAGGUAAACGGAACUCAUAUCCGAUUGUAGUGCGGGUAGCGACGGGUUCCUGUGCUCAGAUUUAGCCCAUUUCCCACACAAACUGCAUUUAGGGCUUAUCUCGCUGUAGGAAACCCAUCUGUAAUGUGUAGCAGAGCCAUCUCAGUCCUCCCUUUUUGGCUUUUGUGACCUCGGUUUGUUUGAAUCUGACAAUUCUGAACAUGGGAAUGCUGUCUGUGUCUCGCCUCUCCCAGCCGGUCCGUCUGUCUCCCCUGGGAAAAUCUGAAAUUACAGAACAAUGUUCUCACUUAUACCGACUUCUCUCUGUAGUGCGCCCACGUCCAUUUACAUCAGUCAGGCCAUCAGCCGGCUUCUCAAGCUAAUCAAGUUCCGGAGUAGCGUCCUAUCAGGAAGAUAAUUCCCUGCAGGAGGAACUCUGAGCAUGGAGUGCCAAACGUCUCUCUGAUUGCUUUGGAACACAUUCUGGCGCCCAAAGUAGCUCGCAUUUGCUCCUGUAAUCCGGUCUGAUUCAUUUCCAUACUUGUUUUUACUGUGCAUAUGUGUUUCAUACUGGCAGAUCUCUUUGUUAGAUGUCCUUUAUUUGUUGUGUGUUCUGAGAUGGAUUUUUUUUUUUAAAGAAAUGAUAUUGAAACGAGAAGUUAAUUUAUUCUUUUGUUGUCGUUUCUUUUAUUUUUUUUUUCUUGGUUUGACAUUGAGAGUGUGUGUUCAUAAAAAAUGACUCGUAAAAGCAAAUGCAAAGACAUUAAAGUGGAUGUUUAAUAAAUAUCCCACAUGAUGAGUGAUUCACAUCUUGAAGUGAGAUUUUGCAUUAGAAUCGGCUUUCCAUUGUUGUCAGAUGUCUUGAAGCUUUGUUGUCGUGCUAUGAAGCGCAGACAGGGGGCAGGAUGGAGUUGUCUGCAUUUAAUGGCAUGGGGUGUGAAAUGUUGAGUUCAGUUAACAAAAGCUCACAAUAGAUGCUUUUUAUAUCUAAACAUCCUCUGUGAGAGCCGGGAUAUCGAGAACUGAUUUACUAGACAGCCUUUGGAGAGGACUGGAAAAACCGCUGUCCUCUCACAGUGCUGACAGGUCUACUGAAGUCAGACUGGCCUUUUUUGUUUGUAUGGUGGUUGUUAUUUUUUUUUUUUUCAAUGCCCUUUCACGCUCAGCUGAGACCAGAUUCGGUUUCCUCCACAGCAGACGGGUUUGUGUACUAAAAGAGCAGCUUGCUCCCUGAGCCCAGGCGUUUGAGAAAGAGGCAAUUCUUCUUAAUAAAUCUGAGAUGGAAAUAAAACUCAAUCUCACCACUGAGGACUUUAAUAAAAUGACAGAGGCACUGAUAGAGCUGGAGACGUUUUUGAGGGAUUGGUUGAGACCGGAAUGAAAAUGCUGUCAUUUAUACUCGCCCUCAUGUUGACCAAAAGACUUUCUUUGCCAGAUGGAGCACGAAAUGAGAAGCUCUGAAGAAUGUCCUAGCUGCACUUUUCCCAUACAAUGCCCAUGGGCUGUGAAAAAGCUCCAGGAAGUAUUUCAUAUUACUCUUGCUGUAUUCUGAAGCAGUCUUUGAGAAAUGCAAGACAUUAUAAUGACAGAAAAUUGUCCUCUGCCUUAGUUCUGGAAUUGAUUUUACAUAUUCAAAAAUGACACCAAGAAUGUUAACUGUAUAGCAUAUGUAAAAACACACAGUAACGGUCUGCUUAUUAUAAACGCACGCUGCAGUUUUGUCAUCUGCCACUUUAAAUGCUUGAGCUCUUCGAAGCUGGUGGAUUCUGAUUGGCUGUCAGUGUUUUUGUUAUUCAAAAGUCGUUAUUCGUUAUUUAUUUUUUUAUGCACAAACAAUAUUCUCGUAGUUUCAUGAAAUAACAGUUGAACACAGACAAUUUGAACAAUUUAACAAUGAAACUACCUUUCUGGCAGUUGCGUUGCUGUCUCAGGGUAAGAAAGCUCUCGGAUUUCAUCAAAAAUAUCUUAAUUUGAUUUUUUGAAGAUGAACCAACGUCAUACAGGUUUGGAACGACACGAGGGGGAGGAAAUUAAUGAUAGAAUUUCUUGGGUGAAUUAUCCCUUUAAGGCACUUGUAAUAAUCAGUUACCAUCCAUUGGUGUCAAAUGCUAUAAAAUUGUUGCGAGUAAUUCAUGUCAGAAAUAAUUUUUUGGGUGAAAUAAUAACCCUCUACUGAGUAUAUUUGUCUUCUUUGGUGUGAACGACCCUUUGAAAUUCCCUUUUGUCUCUUGCACUAAUAUAUCAUACGGUUUCAGAAUACAGCACACGAAUUACAUGAAGCAGUUUUGCUACACUUUAUUUUUGGAGAUUGAGUGUAUUCAUUUUAUAGCAAAGAGAAUUGUGAAGAUCGUUCACUACAUCUGAUGUGCUUUGAAGAUUUGAAAACCGGUUUGGAACAGACUUUUCACUGAAAUAAGAUCAAAGCAUAUUUGUAAGUGCAUAAACAAUAUGCUUAUUGCAAAAUUAAGCCGAACUCAAUAGCAACUCAUCUGAUAUGCUCAUUGAAGUGUUGAAUAAACAUCCUCACACCAGCUCUGAAAUUCCUUCUAUUUUGCUUCGGAUGCACGUCGAGCUUCAGUUCAAACAAUCUGGCACCACCUACUCAUUCUGAAUGUCUGCACAACCUUUUCUUUUCCACCUCCAAAGAGCACAUUGAACCUUUCCUCAAAAAACAAGACAAACACAAUACAUCGCGCUAAAUUCAGCCUAAUAGAAUCAUUUCAAUAGAACAGAAAAAGUGCCCUCGUCUCGCAGGAACAGAAGAUCUGUGCCUCUCCUUCGGACCAUUAACGAGUCUGAUAAAACCUAUUAAACCAUUGCGGAACAUCUAAGGAGGAUAAUAAGGUGCGCUCUGCAGAUAUUCACAGCACUUGAAGUAAAAAUACAACAGUCGACAGCACUGAUUCUUGUACUAUUAGUCAAAGACAAGCUUGUUACAUUGGCGGUCGCAUGGCAAAUCAAUGGGAGUGAGCUGAGCAUGAGGGAAAUAUAUAUCCAGUAUUGCCUUAGAAGAGCAGCGAAGAUGAGGAACAACAUGACACCACCCUCACCAGUAGCUGGACCAUCCAUAUUUCUGUCUCAUUGCUCAAUUAGUAUGCAUGAAGCAGUCUCAGUCUAACUUUUAAUGCCAAGAAGGCAAAAGCUUCCAGCGCUGAAUAUGAGAUCCAGUUCCUCCCAGCUGAACUAAUUAUGGAAAGCAUUUUAAAUGUGCCAUUUCCAUAAACUAGUUCUCUCCUCCCUCUUCUGGGAGAUGGAAUGAAAAACAGUCGGUGUAAGUUUUCCUCUGCCGUCAUGGAAACGUGGAAACUUUAGGCCGUCCUAUGAAGUGCACAUGAAAUAUUGAUGAUCACCCGCUGCACGCCUCAUGUAGCGAAGUGCAUAAUGCGUGCGUUAUUAAUUUAGCCCAAUGGUGCGUUUCUCCAUGCGAAUUAUGGCCAAUUGGCAUCAAUAAAUAACCAAACGUUUCAACAGAUAUUCAAGUACUUUUAAAUCUCAUUAAAUAAAACACGAAUGCAACAGAUGUUUGUAAUUAAUUUAAUGACUGCAGUAUUGACAGACACAAAACUAUCAAAUGCUGUGAUGCAAUGCUGAAAGAUGUGUUAUAAUGAAGAACGCUUAUUGUGUUUUACCAAAUGCUAAAAUAGCACAGAAUGGCAUCUAAUGAGGCUGCAUUUUAAGGCAUCAUGGACAUGUUUCGGUGAUCCAACAGAUUGGUAGCAACAUCAUGCUUCCUUCUAGGAUGCAUCACUGUAAAGGUCUUUCCACAACGAGCGUGAAAAAGCUAAACUAAUAUCAGACGCAAUGACGCUCUGGAAUAAAACAGAAUCCUAUGGAUGCUUCCACAUAGACCACGAACAUUCGCACACCGAAAAUGUUAAUAAUUUUUUUUUUUUUUUUUUACCAAACAAAUCUUUUCAGUUUCGCGAAGCAAAAACACAGGCCGUCCAAUAAGAUUUAAGCAUUACGUCACGUGGCCAGAGCAACUGGUGUUACCCAAAAGGUCGACGGGGUACUAAAAGCUCAGAAGACUGUACUGACCACGAGUGUAAAAAAAAAAAAACAGAGGUAUAGGACUUUUUUCCCACGAGAGAGUGGAUGCUGAGUUAAGGACAGACUUAUUCUCAUGUUCUUUAUACAGAAUAACAUUUCUAUUAAUUUUCAUCUGAAUAAUGUGAUCUGUAGAGUUUGAGUGUUAGAGCGCGUUCACUCUAGACCUGUCAAUCAUGUAAUCAUAUCUCUUGCCCUUCUGGAAAUAAAAGAAGAGAAACAUUUUUCUACACAUGAAAUAUGAAAGCAAAUAAACCUAUGAUUAUAAAGAUA